ACUUUCAUUUUGGUUAACCCUAGCCUAGCCUCCAUCCCAGUUCUGAGUUCCCAGAUCCCCUUCCCUCCCCUGUUUCCCACCAUCACCAUCACCAUGGCACCAUCCACCAUGAGUCCAUGACUCCCUAGUCCCUCCCCUGCUACUCGCCUACUCUGCUGCACCUCCACGCUUUCAGCCACCUCGUCGCGCCGUUCAGCUUCCUUCAACGACGCGGCACUCACCUCACCACCACAUCCCGAGCAGUGCGCCACCCACCAGGUCUCCGUCCAGGUCUCCCUCUCCUCUGCUCGACGCUGGUCGCUCUAUCCCUCCAGGUCUCCCUCUUCUCUGCUCGAAGCUCCUCGCGCCAUCUCCAGGUCUCCCUCUUCUCUGCUCGACGGUCGUCGCUCCAUCCCUCCAGGUCCAGGGUACAGGCGUCCAGCCGUGCAGCCGUGGAGGUAAGUACUUCAGUUUAUUAAUUAUCCAGAUUCCAGAGCAGUGUUAACUGAUUAUUGUAGAUUGAUUAGUUAUGGUAUUCAGAUUUCAGGCAGAUGACUUGAGACUUGAGAGCAUGUUUGAUUGGUUACAUAUGUUUGAUUUUGAAGAUAAUUUUUUGAUAGUUUGAUUUCUGUUUUGGUAGUUUGAUUUCUGUUUGAUAGUUUACAUAUGUUUUUUAACUGUUAAUUUUUUAGUUUUUAGCUAUUUUAUACAUUUUACUUAUGUGGGACUGGGUCAACCGGUUCAACCAGUGACCCACCGAUUGAACCAGUGACCCAGUGACCCAGUAGCCUGACCGGUUCGAUCACCGGUUUGGUUCUGACAACAUUGCUUCUAAGAACAAAGAAAAGUCACAGUAUAUCAGACUUGAUCAGUUGUUAUAGUCCGCCACAUCAAAACGGUGGCGUUUUCACCCCCGCCCCCGGGUAACAAGGUCUUCGCGUCAAUCAAUUAAAUCGUUAGCCGUUAGGUCGUUCUCGUUACCAAAAUCAUGCCACCGCCGCCACCAGCACCAGAUCUUCCUGGGUUUUACUAUGACCCUGAGAAGAAUAGGUAUUUCCCCAUCAAAGGUCCCAUACCAGGCUCUUCUCGUUCUUCAUUUUCAUCUUCAAAGCAUGCUACUCACAAAGCAUCCCAAACAUCUUCAACUCAGGAAAAGAGUAGGAGUUGUUGCAGGAAGCUUAGAAGCAGAACCUCCAAGUUGAUUCAGGCUAGGGAGAUAGAUGGUCAUCGUGUCAUUGCUUCCCACAAUUACCAGUGUAACUUCACUGAGGAGUUUAGGAAAAUACAAGCAUCACAGCCUUCGGUAUGGAAGUAUAAGGGAACAGAUAAGAUUGGUAUUAGUGCUUUGAAACAGGUGCAUGUCCGUGUGCAGACAUUUGAGGGUGAAUGUGAUAGUGAUGUUAUAUUGACAGGCAGCACCAAUGGCUCAUUCAGUCUUUGUGAAGUUGGAAGGGAUGGGGGAUAUUUUGAUGGUGAGGUUAAGUGGACGCCCGAUUGUGUGAAGAAUUAUGCUAAAGGGAAAACUGAUGAGAAUAAUGUGGUGCCUGGUCCAGUUUCAAGACCUACUGGAGGGUCCGUGGUUAUGUCAUCUGGUAUAUCUUGCAUAAGAUCAGGCCCGGAGUGUUCUUCUCAUGCUGCAAAUGGCGGUCCUAUUGUUGGACAUGCAUUGUUUACAACUUUGGGUUCAGAGACAUCCGGUGGGUCAAUUUAUUCUCUUGGCCUUGUGGAAUCAUUAGAUCUUGGGUCAGGUAUACUGAACACAUGGAGCAGACUGGAUGAAGUUGCUUCUUUCAAGUGUACCAUUUGGACAGCAGAAUAUGAUUAUAGUAGACAUCGGGCUAUAAUUGGUACCAACAUGGGAGCUGCAUUGGUGGAUUUGGCAACUGGGAGGAGAUCAUGGUUUUUACGAUGUAAAAGUGAUAUCUUUGCACAGCAGAUUGUGAAUUCAGGAAAUCUGGUUUUAUGUGGACUCAGAAAUGGAGCAAUUGUCGGUGUAGAUUUCCGUGAGAAAAGAGAAAGAGUCUCGCGAACACUUAUUGAACAUAGGAUACCUUAUGCAUCACCAAAUAAGAAAGUUCGAAAUUCUAGUAAAGAAUGGUUCAAGCUCAGUGGAGAUAUAGACCCUUCUCUUACCAUUAGAAUGCCUUCAUCUAUAUCCAGUUUGGUAUCACUUCAGUAUGAUGAUCAGUACUUCUUGGCAAGCUCCAUGGACGGAACGAUGAGGCUCUAUGAUCUUCGCCUGCUUCAGAGAGGUUCUGUUCAAUCUUAUGAAGGGCAUGUGAAUUCCCAUUCGCGUAUACAACUCGGUGUUGACCCAGAUGAGAGAUUUGUUAUGUCAGGUGGAGAGGAUCGCAACCUACGGUCGUGGAGUAUCAAAACUGGCAAACUUCUUUUUGAGGAAAAAUUCUGUGAUUCAGUUCUCUCCAGUGUUUGCUAUCAAUCAUGUAAAGGGUUUAAAGAUGAGGAUGAAAAGAACCAACACAAGCAUGAAUCUUGUAUGAGUGCAUGGCUUGGAUCACAUGAUGAAGGACUAUUUUAUAUGCGCUGGUUAUGUGUGUGAAGCUCCUACACUGCUACUAGUAUUAUGCUAUAAAUAUAUACACACCAAAUUUUGAUAUGAUAGUUUAUGUAAUAUGCUUAAAUGAAAGCCCUAUGCAAAUGUAAAUUAGGUCCUUCUGAUUUCUGAACUACCAGGGUUGUAGAUAACUAGAUAUAUCUUGGGAUAGGCUUUUAUUUUAAGAUUUGAUUUCUUGAUUUAUUUGGAUUGCGAUUUCAGUGUUUGGUCAAUGGUAUCAAGAAAGUAGAUGUUUAGUUAUUAUUGAAUUUAUGAUUUUUAUUGUGGA